AUGGUGAACACGGGAAAGCCUUCGGGCGGCUGCAAGCUGUGUAGAGCCAGGAGGAUCAAGUGCGAUGAGGGGAAGCCGUUCUGCAUGAGGUGCAAGAAGUCGCGGCGGCAAUGUCCAGGUUACCGAGAUCCGUUCGAGGCCAACAUUCGCGACGAAACGCAAGCGACCAUCAAGAGGUUCAAAAAGUCGAGAGGCGAGGAGAGUUCCGACGAGGAAGGCAAAGACAUUGCGCCCGUUUGCAACAAGCAGUGCUUGAAGACGGUUGCUGGUCCGAAAUACAAAACGUUCGAUUACUCGAAUCCCGCCGCUUUCCCUUACUACAAUGACGACGAUACAACCGAAGAAGACGAAGACAUUCCAGCGUCUAUGUUCAAUUCGCUGGAUGAGCAGGCCUCUUGCUACUUCCUUUCGGAAUUCAUCAUUGUCCCGUUUACGCCCACGGCCCGAGGGUACUACCGCUUCCUUCCUCGGUUCCUCAGCGGAACGAACGUCUCCAAAUGUCUCUCUCAGGCUUACAAGGCUGUCUCUCUGGCUGCAUUGGCCGGCCGGCGUACGGUCAAUGCCAGUGCUGCUCUGUUUCACGCACAAGGUCACUAUCUACGGGCGGUUCGGGCCGUCAACAAAGCUAUAAUGGACCCUGGAGAGGUGCUCAAUGACCAAACUCUAGGGGCCGUCCUGAUGUUGGCCUUCUACGAGAUUUUAACAUCUUCUCGAGACUCUAUCGCCGAGUACACGAACCACAUGAAAGGUGCGGCAAUCAUUGUCAAACUCCGGGGCCAAAAGGGACUCGAGACACCGGAAGGCGAAGAGAUGUUUGCAAUUACCCGAAACCAGUGCCUCUCUAUUCACUGUCUCCCAAACUCCCCUGAGGUGUCCGAAUUCACAUGGCUUCUGCACCACGAAUGCCGGGGUCGGAUGCAGCAUGCUAUUGCUAGCAUGGACAUCCAGAGCAGUCAGAUUCGGCAAGACGUCGAUCGAGUUCUCGGAGCGGGGGACCGCAAUCCGGAGACAAUCCAGAAGGUUCUCGAUGCUCUCAAGCGUGCUCAGGCGUUGGAGGCCAAAUUUCGCAAACUCAACAACGAACCAAGCCCGCAGUGGAAAGUCGAUACCGUGGAGUGGAUACUGGAGCGAUCCGACGACGAACUCGAUACGACGUACACUUUCCCAGGGCCUGUGUACGGAUUCUUCAACUUGCCUCUCGCAAUCUUGCACGUCGCCACCUGGUGCUGCCAUCUGAUGCUCACCACGACCAUUCUGCGGUGCAUGGCCUGGCUUGUGUCUCCCGACGACUACCGGAUGGGCGAGGAGUAUGAAGAGCUGAAACGCUCGGCUAUCCUGCGAAUCGAAGAUACCAUCGCUUCGACCCCUUUCUUUUGCAGGUGGAAUGGCUACGGCGUGGUUAUGGCUCAGUUCCCAUGCGGCAACACCAAGCCAGAUGACCCUUUGAAGGGUGCUGCUGGACUGAUGGUCUUGUGGCCCAUGGUCACGGCCUGCAGCAGCGACUUUGCGACUCCCAGACAGAGAAGGUUCUUGAGGGGUCGUCUUAAAUAUCUGGCAGAGGUUGCUGGUAUUAGGCAAGCCAACGUCUUCUACAACAUGCACGAUAUAUCUUCUCCAUCCCGAGAGAUCGAGCGAGACCGCAGAUCCGGAGUCCAUUCAUCUUCUGGGGCGGACGCUUUGCUUGGUAUGCCCUUCUGA